AUGAACUCUCGCGAGCCAUCUGAUAUGCCUCCGGCGCCUUCUUACCCCUCCCCCAACGGUGCGCAGAUGGCCCAGGGCGCCAUGCCGUACUACAGCAACCGCCAAAUGACCACCGACGAAUUGCUGUCCGCCGAACUUUCGCGCGAGGCGUCCAACCCUGGACUCGGAGAGUCGAACAAUGGCGUUCACCAUGGCCAGUCUAUGGUAUUGGGAUCAAACAACGCUGGUGACAUGGGCCGCACGUCCUCGGAGGAUCAACACCAACACCAGCACAUGCUGCAGUUCCCUCCGAGUCAACAAGUGGGCGUUGAUCCCAACCAUGAUCUGAGUUACGGCGAACAAAGUGCGCGCAAGAGAUCCAAGAUCUCAAGGGCGUGCGACGAAUGUCGACGCAAGAAGGUUCGUUGCGACGCCAGUUCCGAAACAGGCCUUGAAACAUGCUCCAAUUGCCAGCGCCUCGGUGCUGUGUGUCAAUUCAGUCGCGUCCCGAUGAAACGCGGCCCAAGUAAAGGUUACAUCAAGGAACUCGCCGAGAGACUCCAUACCCUGGAAAACCAGAUGCAGCCCGGGAUCGUUCAACCUGAUGUGCCGUAUCAAUCGAUGAACGAGGUAUCGCUCCCGAGGGGAUACCAAGACUUUGCAUCGCCGGUCGAAUCAAACCCGGGCAAUCGCAAGAGGACAUUCUCGGCCUUCGAAGGUCUUCCCAGUUCUUCAUUCGCCCAGCCAUCGUUCAAUGCCCGAGUCUCGCAAAAUGCCUUCGACGCGAACGAGACAGCAGCGGACCCGUACAACCCCACUGUGGCCAGCGGUAGCGCAGCAAAACCGGGUAAUCUGUUCUGGAAUCUAACAGGCAGCGAGAAUGAUCUGCCUAGCGGUCUUGAGAUCAACGAUUUGCCGAAGCAUGAGGGUGACGACGACAUGAGCCCAAUGACCUUGGACGAAGGUGCUCUUGAUGCCUACUAUCAUAAGAUUCACACCCUGCUGCCGAUCUUGCCUCAUACCAAGGAGCGAACCCUGGAGCUUUUGCACCAGUGCAAUCGCGAAGCCCAAGAGAUCUUCUGUUACGCAUUGUACAGUGUCACUCGUACCGAUAUCUCCCGUGUUGCAGCCAGUUUCGAGAAAAUCAGCAGCUUCGACAAUGCACAGGAUUUGCUGCUAUUCCACACUCGUCAGCCAUUGAUGGUCCAUUCGACCCCGGUCAACUUGAUCUGGCUACAGUCUCUUCUGCUCAUGAUCGUUGACUGUGACACUCGUGGCCCUGACAACUUCGUGCUCAAAGAUGGUGUCCCCAAGGGAACUCUGGUCCAGGCAGCCAACAAGCUGGGCUACGACUUAGCCAAGAGCCAAGGCCAGCUCAAGAACAAACGCACCGCCGACCCCGAUGUGGACUCAGACGCGAAUCUUACAAGGCGCAACUGGGUAUCUUUGGUUAUCUUGGCCCGGUGGUACGCUAUCAGUGUCGCAGAUGCCACCGUUUUGGGAGGCCACGAGAUCGGCGGCCGAGAAGACGAAAGGGUCGUUGGUCAGAUCACAACCGGAAUUGCUUCAUACUCAACAUUCCUCUCGGAGAUGGUGACAAUGGCCAAUGUCGACCACAAUGUUUGUCAAACUAACACAGGCCUUGGACGCAUCAUCGGAGCGAAUUUGGUAUCUUCUCUGGAGCGUCUAGCUGAGAUGGAGGAUAUCUUCCAGAUACAUGAGCUACCAGAAAAUACCUCAACUCGCCCACUCUACGAGAGCCUCCAAGGACAGCUCUACUGGACAGUGCGCCUUCUCAUCAAACGCCAUGUCUUUGUUUACAGCCCAUAUGAGAUUAUCUUCUGUGCGCAAGAAGUCGUUAACGAGAUGUACAAGUCAACCAUGGAUAACCGGCUCCCAUCACCCUUCGAUCUUCACAGUCUGGCCCUCGCAUCAAUGACUCUCCUCGAGGCUACUGUCCUUCCGGAGCACGCGAGCGAAUGCUGGACUGCCCUCGAAAAGGUUGAAAAGAUUCUCGAUGCUCGCUCCAAGCGUGCAUCCGAAGGCGGGGAAUUCGACAACAUCUUCUGCACUUCAGAAUGGGACGCCAAAAUUCGCAUCUUCAUCGAGUGGCGCCGCAUCAAGUCUCAGGAGAGCCAGCUCCAGGAAGCCGAUCUCAGUGGUCUCACCAAGUCCCAACAACCUGUCAUGGGACCCAAUGAGCAACGCUCUCUCCAGCAUCUUGCUGAUCUUGCUGUCGGCGCUGAAGGCUCUGUCGGUCAGAACGUGCCAUCCACACCUCCCCCGGGACUUUCACAUGACCAGGGCGAAGCUUCGCCGAACCUGAACCCGCAACUAGCGCAUUCGCAGAACGGGUCCGGUCGUGUGGUUGUGGACUUCACUAUGCUUACUAAGGAGGGCUAUUUGAACGUCUUCUCUGGUUUGAUUUAUCGCCGAACCCGUUAA